GCUUCCUUUCUACUUUCUAGCAUCAGCGUAUCACCACCGUUCACCGGUUUACCACCCAUCUAGCCAGAGCCUUCUCCCGCCGCCGCCGCCCCCAUGCGGCCGACGCCGGCGCUCGCCGCUGGCGGACGCACGGUCGCGAACCUCCUCUCCGCCACGGAGUGGAUGCUUCCGUCUCCGGCCACUCAAGUCCACACCAUCUCCGUCGCCCCCUCCCACGCACCCACCCCUCGUCAAGAGUUCGCCUUCUCCAAUCUCACCACGUCGCUCAGGAAUGACGCCGGCAAGGGGAGCGGCGAACUGGGGAGACUUAGGUUCCAGGUGGUGCGCGACGACCUCCUCCACCCGCUCUCCAACGGCAACAAGGCCCGCAAGCUCGACGCCCUCCUGCCGCUCCUCCACCGCCGCGGCGCCACCGACGUCGUUACAUGCGGGGGUUGCCAGAGUGCCCACGCGGCAGCCGUUGCGAUUCAUUGUGCUGAAUGGGGAAUCAGGCCACAUAUACUGCUGAGAGGCGAGCAACUGGAUGUUCCGACAGGGUACAAUCUGAUCUCUUUGAUGUUUGGCAACGUGACAUAUGCCUCUCGGUCGGUAUAUGCACAGAGAGAUGAGAUGCUUUAUGAGCAUGCCAUGAAGGUUGCAGGUACUAGUGGUACAGUGAUGUGGGCUGAUGAUAUUAUUGGAGAGGAUUUGGUUGUAGAUGAGGAUAACGUUGAUGGAAACAGUUCAAGAAGAGUAGUGAUUGUUAAGGAAGGGGCAGGUAGCGUUCAAGCAUUGCUAGGUGUUAUGCGGCUGGUGGAGUACCUUUCUGGUUUGACAUUAUUCGGAAAGGAUGAGAAAGUCCAUAUCGUGGUAGAUGCUGGAACAGGCACAACAGCUGUGGGGUUAGCUCUUGGAGCGGUAUGUCUAGGACUCCAUUGGAGAGUUACUGCUGUCAUGCUUUCUGACACGCUUGAAAGAUAUAAAGAACGGGAGAAAUCCCUUGUAUCUGAUGUUAAAAGGCUUUGCCCUGAAGUUUACCAUUCAAUGGUGGAAUAUGGUACCCAUAACAGUCUAGUUCAAUGGGUGGAGCGCUUUUCACCUAGAAGAUUUGGCAAUGUGUUGGAUGGUGAAAUCGCGUUGUGCCGCCAGAUUGCUCAGCAAACUGGUAUCCUGCUGGACCCAAUGUACACCUUGGCUGCCUGGGAGCAAGCUGUAGAUCUAUGUCGUGGAGACAGUGAAGCCAAAGCGGUGAUGAUCCAUACAGGCGGUACCCUUGGCCUCUUUGGAUUGGCGCAGAGGUAUUCACUGCAGUUCACCACAAAUGGGCAAUCUUAAUCAGGCCAACCUUCAUAUGCAAGUGCGUUCUACAGAUAUGGAAGUUUGGGCGUAUGGAGUGUGAUCUUUGAACAAGCAAAAGUAGAACGAGUCUUCUUCCCCGUACUCGGUGCGCCACUUUGUAGAAGAGAAUAAGAAACUGAAUCUUGAUUUGAAAAUGACACCAUGAUCUCAGUGUCCUUGUGUUCCUGUAUAGGCACACUCCUACACAAGCGGAUAGGCUAGCUAUGUUUCUAUAUCAAAUACAUCUUGGAGUCCAUGAUAACGAUCCUGACAGCCUGAUUCCGAAGUGCUGGCUGGCUGAGUUUCCCCUUUUUCUGUUCAGCUACAUGAACGGUCCUAUUCCUGGGUGCACGAUACAGUAUA